AUGUUACAAGUAAGCGGUCGUAUAAAAAAGAAUGAGGUAGCAGUGAUUGAACCCAUCUUCAAUCUACCUGAGUUAAGUAUUAUAACACCAAUCUUCAACAUUCCAGAGCCAAUAUUCAACAUUCUAGAUUCUACUUUUGUUCGGCCAAUUUUCAACAUUCCAGAAUCAGUUGAACCAAUCUUCAAUAUGCCUAAUCCAGUGGUUGUCCAAAGGCCUAGCUCUUUUCCUUUUGAGAAUACUAAAGCAGUUCCUUGGAAGUAUGAUACAGUUGUGGUUAACCAAAGGUCUGAGAAAGUAGGUCAGAAAGAAGGUCCAAAUAUUGCAAGCACUGAUAUAGCAAUGGGAAGUAGAAUGACCCGCAGUGGUCGCAUUUAUACCCCUCAGUUCAACUUGGCUCCACCAAUUCCACCAAAAGAAACCACCACUACUGUUACCAACAAAGGCAAAGAGGUGAUCACAACUGAUGAAGACGCUGAAUUUUUUAGGAUUAUCAAGAAGAGUGAUUACAAGAUUAUUGAUCAGCUGCAUCAAACUCCUUCAAAGAUAUCCAUUUUGUCUCUUCUCAUGAGUUCUCCAGCUCAUAGGAGUGCCUUGCAGAAAUCGUUAGCUCAGGCUCAUGUCACUCACGACAUUACUAUUGAUCAAUUUGAUAGGGUCAUUGCCAACAUUACAACAUGCAACCAUCUCAGCUUCAGUAUAGAAGAUUUGACGAAGGAUGGCCAAGACCAUAACCGUGCUUUGCACAUAUCUGUGAAAUGCCAAGAAGAUACCCUAGCAAGAGUCCUUGUGGACACUGGCUCCUCUCUGAAUGUUUUACCUAAGAGGACGCUCGCUAAGUUGGCAUAUCAAGGGACUGAGAUAAGGCCAAGCGCAUUAAUUGUCAAGGCAUUUGAUGGAUCGAGGAGGAUCGUCAUAGGGGAGGUGGAGCUUUCAAUAUUAAUUGGUCCACAUGUGUUUGAAAUUACUUUUCAGGUUAUGUACAUCAACCCAAAUUAUAGUUGUUUGCUUGGAAGACCGUGGAUUCAUGCCGCUGGGGCCGUGACUUCCACCUUGCACCAAAAAAUGAAAUUUGUUAUUGGUGAUAAGUUGGUGAUUGUGUCUGGUGAGGAAGAUCUUAUGGUAAGCCACCUCUCUUCGCUUAGUUACAUUGAGGCUGAUGAGGAUGCUUUGGAAACUUCUUUCCAGGCUCUUGAAAUAGCCAACGCUGUCCUUAUGGAAGUCGAAGAACCAAAGGAGAAGGGUAUUCCAUCUUUUGCAUCAUGGAAGAAAGCAAGAUCAACCAUCGAGGAAGGAAGUCCCGAAGGUUGGGGAGAUGUUAUUGAUGUCAAACUAAAGCUAGACCGUUAUGGGGUGGGUUAUAAACCAACCAAUGUCAAUAAGGAAGCAUCAACCUCCACCGAAGGAUGUCCGAAGACUAUCCAAGAAGUGUUUGUCAGCACUGGAUAUCAAGUCAAUGUUAUUGAUGAAUAUCUUGAAGAUGAAUAUUUGAGCAACCUGGUGUACCAGUCUGAUGUGGCUUUGAACAAUUGA